UAUAGGUUAGGUCACUAUUAAAUGUAUUUACCACUACUCAAUAAUAAUAUUUUUUUACAGAUUGGAGCUAUAUGAUAAAAAUUUCAAUUUUGGGCAGCCAGAGUGUUUGGAUGAAGAGGAGAAUACAAUGAAAGUCCCUCAAAACGAGUCAUUCAAGGAUAUAAAUAGCAAUACGCUCUUACCUGUCCUAAACAAGACACAAAUAAGGCAGUAUUUAAACUUCACCAACAAAAAAUUUGAAGCUGCAUCUCAAUUAUAUGAGUCCAGGUUCCUGAUAGCAGCAAGAUCAUGCAUUGUUGGUGAAAAUACCUAUUUAAAAGGUAUUUGUAAAAAAACAAUGAAAAAUCUCCAGUAUGAAGUUGACAUCAAAUUGGAUCCACAAGGAAACACAGAAGAGGCACAUUGUGAAUGUGCCGCUGGCAGUGGGAUAAAUGCCACAUGCAAGCAUGUUGCUGUGCUUUUACUAGCUGUAGAGCACAUGGUACGGGAGAAUAUAAUAUUAAAAUUUGAGGCCUGUACAGAAAAGCUACAACAGUUCCAUGUACCCAAAAGACAAUAUACUGGAACUCCAGUUAGAACUGAGAAAUUGUCUAGGCGUAAAAGUAAACAUAGCAUCCUUUUUGAGCCAUAUGAUAUCAGUAGAAUUGAUAAAGAAAACUACAAUUGCCGGAUAAGAAAUUUAGUACUAAAUUUUCCGAAUUCCAACAUGGCCAUGAAACAGCUUUAUGAACCUGCUAACCCAUAUGCAUUGGAAACUGACCACUGUUACACAAACACCAACCCAACUAAAAAACUACUAGAAGAUUUAAAACUAUCUCAAAUAUCAGAGGCUGAAAUAACUGAGAUAGAAGAGAAAACCAGAGGCCAGUCACAUAGUGUUGAGUGGCAUGACCAUCGGAGACAUCGCUUGACAUCAAGCAACUUUCACACUAUGUGCCACUUGAGGGAAACUACAAUGGAAAAGUAUGCAAGUGAGCUAAUUGAUAGAAGUCCUUUCCAUUCCAGAGCUACUAGUCAUGGCAUUGUUAAUGAAGAAAUUGCUCUGAAGAAGUACUGUCAUGACUUUGAGCUCCAAGUGGAACCAUGCGGACUAUUCAUAAGCAAAGAAAGGCCAUUCCUUGCAGCAUCUCCAGAUGGUUUACUGGGAGAUGAGACCAUCAUAGAAAUAAAGUGCCCCUACACAUGUCGUAACCUGGUAUUGAACAAUACAAGGGCAGCUGUACUGUACGAACAGAAAAUAUUGCAAUCUUGUAGUAUAUACAUAUAA